CGAGCUCGUGAGCGAAUUGAGCGAAUGGCCGCGGAACGCCGUCAGAACGCAGAAAAGUCCCUGCGAGCCCGACAUGCUAAGGCGGAGGCUGAAGUUCUCGAAGAGAUUUCGCACCGCCCAGAGCCGGAUCUUCGCCGCGAGGAAGAGGAAAAAUCACCUGAUCCAUCCCCGGUUAGCUCCUUUUUGAAUAUUUCUUCCUAA